CGACAUCACCUCGCCAGCUUCCCGCAGCUCCUGUACCCCCAACCUUCACCUCCUGCCCCGCCUCGAGGGCUUCUUUUGUCCUGAUCCUGUCUUUCGUUCCCUACCGUCACCAUGUCCAAGCCCGGCCGAUACCUCCUUGUCUCUCUUCCGACCUCCAUCGUCCCCUCGCACCACCGCGAUGACGCCCUCGACGCCGUAUCGGCUACCGUUUCCCCCGAGAAUGGCUCCGUAGCCUCCUUUCCGAUCCCGGAAUUCAAAAUCGGCACGCUAGAUGCGCUGGUCCAGCAGGCUGAUGAGCUAGCCAAGCUGGAGAAUUCCUGCCAGGCAGUGGUUGGCAAGGUCGGCGAUGCGUUGAAGAAUAUCCUCGAGGGCGACGAGGCGCAGAUUGAGCGCAUGAAGGUCGUGAAUGAUAAGCCUGUUGAUCAAUACUUGCGCACGUUCUCAUGGAAUAAGGUCAAGUAUCGUGCGGAUAAGCCGCUGGCGGAGUUGAUCGAUCUGCUGCACAAGGAAGCUGCUAGCAUCGACAAUGAUAUCCGGUCCAAGUACUCGCAAUAUAACCAAGUUAAGAACACGUUGGCUACGCUCCAGCGGAAACAAACAGGAAACCUCUCCACAAAAUCCCUCGCCUCUGUUAUCGACCCCAGAUCCAUCGUCCAAAACUCCGAAUACAUCGAGACUCACCUGAUCGCCGUGCCUUCCCAGCUAGUCAAGGACUUCCUCAAGACCUACGAGACUGUCGCCCCGAUGGUCGUCCCCCGAUCUGCACAAUUGCUCGCCGAGGACAGCGAGUUCUCUCUUUAUGCUGUGACCAGCUUCAAGAAGCACAGCGUCGAGUUCGUGCACAAGUGCCGCGAGCAGAAGUGGAUCCCGCGCGACUUCAAGUACGUCGAGGGCGGCAAGGAGGAGGAGCGCAAGGAAGUUGAGCGUGUUGGUGGCGACGAGCGCAAGCUAUGGGGUGAGACACUGCGUCUAGGUCGGACUGCGUGGAGCGAGGCGGUUAUGGUCUGGAUCCAUAUCCUGGUUCUGCGGGUGUUCGUGGAGACUGUCCUGCGGUAUGGUCUUCCGCUAGACUUUGUCUGUGGUCUGAUUCGGACCCCAUCCUCGAAGCAAGCAGACAAGGCGAAGAGCAACCUUGAAGAAAAGUACUCAUACCUGGCGGGCAAUGCCUUUGGCCGAGACAAGAAGGGCCGCGUUAAACGGGACGACCCGAACGAGAUGCAUGCGGGCGCCGAGGGAAGCGCAGAGUACACGCCAUAUGUCUACUACGAGUUCGAGUUCGAGUGAAACCUCCUUCGGGGUAUAGAGCAGGGGCUUGUUGCGAAGAGGGGUUCGCGUACAUAUACCAAGUCAGGUACAUUGAGCACAAACUAGCAUGUUUUCUUUUUUUUAUCGUUUUGAUCCAGGUUGCGAUUUUUCUACAUCGACCGAGCUCUCUGGUUCCAAUCUCUAGGUCCUGUUCAGAGGAUCAAUUCUUUUGCAAAGCGAUCUAUAUUUGUCAAGUAUAUACAGCGCCUGUAUGCGGGGAAUCAAGACAAAAACAACCAUUCUCUCCAGAUCCACCCCACAGUAUGCGACUGCCUCCUUCCCUCAAUGCUCACAAGGCCGAAAUCUGCUCGUACAAACUCAAAAUUUUCAUCAUAAGAACACCAUUCAUAACCAGGAAGUAAAAGCCAGUUUACUCCUUCUUGGGGGGCAAGUAACCCUUGGAGUCAAGGUAAUCAAUGAUCUGCUUCACAGCGUCGGGGAUAGCCAGAUCCACGUUCUUGAUGUACACCUCGGGCUUCUCGGGAGCCUCGUAGGGGGCACUGAUACCGGUGAACUCCUUGAUAAUACCCUCCCGAGCCUUCUUGUACAGACCCUUAGGAUCACGCUGCUCCGCAACCUCAACGGGGACAUCGACGUGGACCUCAACGAAGGGCAGGCCAGUCUCCUCGCCGGGGGUGGGAACCUCGUGCAACUGACGGGCAGUCUCACGGUCCUUGCGGUAGGGGGAGAUGAACGAGGUGAUCGCGAUGGCGGAGGAAUCGGCGAACAACUUGGCGACCUCGGCGAUGCGGCGGAUGUUCUCGUUGCGGUCGGCCUCGCUGAAUCCCAGAUCCUUGUUCAGGCCGAAGCGGACAUUGUCGCCGUCCAGGCGGUAGGCGUGCACGGCGCGGUCGUGGAGGAGCUGGUGCUCCAGCUCGACGGCGAGGGUGGAUUUACCGGAGGCAGACAGACCGGUCAGCCAGAUGGUGAGACCUUGCUGCUUGCGCAGGUCAUUGCGCUCCUUGCGAGUGAGGGCGGCGGCGUGGAAGGUAAUGUUGCUGGAGAAGGUGGGGUUAGCAUAGUUGUUCCCGGUUCUGGGGCCGUUUCUUGGGGCGUAUUGGAG